UAUAUUGGGGGAUAUUUUUGUGCCAAAAUAAUUUUAACAAUAAUGAGAAAAUUUAAUUGUUUCUGCAUAAUCCUUCUACAAAUUAAAUGUCACCUUGCAUUUGUAGUUCCAGGACAGAGGACGGAGGGCUUCGAGGUCAGGAACUAUCGAAAUUACUAUUUACAAGCUGAAAAAGUAGAAUGGGAUUAUCUCCCCUAUCAACAGAAUCUCGUGGACUUCUACGACAAAUAUUUGAAUGACACACUGAUUAAUCAAGCCAACAGGGUUGGUAGUAAGUAUACUAAGUAUGUUUACAAACGUUACACGGACGGAAACUACACACAGGAGAUUCCAACCCACCAAUCCUUCGGUUAUGUUGGACCCCUUCUGCACGGAGAGGUAGGGGAAGUCAUUCGUGUUCACUUCCGGAAUAAAGUUGAUAGGCCGGUGUCGGUACAUCCACACGGCGUCAGAUACGAUAAACUAAAUGAAGGAGCUUUAUACACGGACAACACCAAACAAAAUUACCAUGUUGAUGACAGCGUCCAGCCCGGAAGUGAAAUAACUCUCACGUGGAAAUUGACGUCUGACUUUUCGCCGCGUGAUGGUGAUCCUAACUGCAUACCAUUUGCUUACCAUCCGCACGUGGACCCAGACAGAGAAAUUAACGCCGGACUGCUGGGUCUUGUCAUAGUCUGCAAGCAAGGAAUAUUGAACAACAACAACAAACGAACAGAUGUCGACAAAGAGUUUAUGCUUUAUUUUGACUCCAUCAACGAAGGUGAAUCUUGGUUGGUUGACGAAAACCUUAAACGCUGCCAAGAUCCAGCAGAAUGCAAACGCCUGUAUGACUCCGGUGAUCCAGACUUUGAAGAAAGUUUGAAAAAGGAUUCAGUAAACGGCUACAUGUAUGGAAAUAUGCCAGAUUUAGAUAUAUGCGAUGGUGAUAAAGUUGCUUGGUAUAUAUUCUCACUCAGUGCCGAACUACAUCCUGUAAAUAUUCAUGGACAGACUUUCAUAGAAAAUCAUCAUAGAGAAAGUGUUGUGAGUAUUUGGUCUGCUACAUUUCGUGCUGCUGAGAUGAUCGCCAGGAAUCCUGGGAAAUGGCUCAUACAGUGUAUGAACUCGGAACACAACAGAAAUGGCAUGAAGGUAUUUCUCACAGUGAAAUCAUGUCAAAGUAGAAAUACUGGUCCUAACCAGCUCAGUGGCAAAGUGCGACAUUUCUUCUUUGCAGCAGAAAUGGAGGAAUGUGACUAUGCUCCCUCUGGUAGAAACCUUUAUGACAACAAAGAUCUCACAGAACCAGGAAGCGAUUCAGAGCUCUAUUAUUCAAAACGUGUGAACGGAAAGAAGUUGAUUGGCAGAAAAUACAAGAAGGCGAGAUUUUUCGAGUACAAAUUUAUUCAGUAUGGAGUAAAGAUAAAUCGUACGCAGCGUGAAGAUCAUAUAGGUAUACUGGGACCCGUCCUGAGAGCGGAAGUUGGAGACACAAUAGAAAUUGUUCUGCUUAAUCUCACGCCAAAGCCGGUUUCAAUCUUCUUACAAGGAACAAGUCUCAAUAGCUCUGAGAAUGGAAUGUGGAUCAAGGACCCUUCUAAUAAUAAUGGUAAGGGUCAUACUGUGAAACCAGGGAAAAUAGGAUCAUACGUGUUUACAGUCCCAUGGGCGGUAGCACCGGGUACUGAUGAUCCGGAUUGUCUUACUUACCUGUAUUACUCAAGUUACGACAUGGAACGCGACGUCAGUUCCGGUCUGGUUGGUCCCCUCCUGAUCUGCAAGCCGGGCUCCCUUGAUUCAUACACGGGUCGUCAGAAAUACGUUGACAGAGAAAUGUUCCUGUAUAUAUCGAGUAUAGACGAGAAUUUUUCCUGGUAUCUGGACGACAAUAUAAAUACUUACAUCAAAGAUACUGUUGAUAAAGCUGAUGAAGACUUUAUUGAAUCAAAUGUUAUGAGAUCUAUUAAUGGGAGAGCGUAUGGUAAUUUAGAGGGUCUGGAUGUUUGUAAGGAUGAGAAAGUAGUCUGGCAUAUCAUUAGCUUCGGCCAGACAGAGGGAAAUCAUGGUGUCACAUUUAAUGGAAACAAUGUACUCAUUGACGGCGUUUAUCGUGACUCGCAUGUUAUUAUAUCUGGAGUGGGACUCAGCGCAAUAAUGAAACCAAGCAAUGUUGGGAUCUGGUCAAUACAUUGUCAUAAUGACAACCAUUAUAACGAGGGAUUAAAAGUGCUGUACCAUGUACACUCAUGCGGACAGUCCACCACUAACUUCUACCAGAAGAACGGUAUCACAAGGCGUUACUAUAUUGCAGUUGUAGAGCGGAAGUGGAACUAUUCACCAAAAACCAUACACCCACUUACAGGCGAAAACUACACUGAUCCGUCACAUCCGCAGUACAACCGCAUCCAAAAAGACGGAAAAUAUAUCGGCAGCAUAUAUACGAAAGCCUUAUACCGUGAAUAUACGGAUGCAACGUUCAUCCAGGAGAAACCUAUCACGGCGGAAAGCUGGCACCUUGGUGUACUCGGGCCUUUCAUUAAAGCUGAGGUUGGAGAUGUUAUAGAAGUUGUCUUUAAAAAUAUGGCUACAAGAAAUUAUUCCAUUCACGCACAGGGGCUGAGAUACAAUAAAACUUACGAAGGAAUGAAAUAUGAAGAUGGAACUCCGGUUAAAGUUGGUGAUGGCGUUCCUGUCGGGUCAAUGUUUACGUACCGUUGGGAGGUACCUGAAACUUCAGGUCCAGGCGCUAAUGGACCAAACUGCAUAAAUUACAUGUAUCACUCUGCGGUUGAUCCGGUGAAAGACACAUACGCAGGUCUUGUUGGACCUAUUGUAGUAUGUAGAAGUGGAGUGUUAGAUGCAAAUGGUAAAAGAACCGACUCGGUAGAAAAAGAGUUUGCGCUUCUCUUCCAAGCAUUCGAUGAAAAUAGAAGCUGGUAUUUGAGUCAGAAUAUUUUGGAAAACUGUCCAACGGCAGACACUUCUACUGACGAUUUUGAAGAAAGCAACAAAUAUGAUUCUAUAAAUGGUUUGAUAUAUAACAAUGUUGAAGGUUUGGUUGCGAAUAGAGGUGAAAAUAUUGCUUGGUACAUUCUAGGACUAGGAGAAAACGAAGACAUUCACACGGUACAUUUUCAUGGACAGACGUACACAUACCGUACCGGACAAAUACAUGAAGGAGACGUAAUUGAGGUAUUUCCGGGUACUUACGAAACUGUUGAAAUGUUUGCUAGUAAUCCGGGCACUUGGCUAUUCCACUGUCACGUUGGUGAACAUAUGCGUGAUGGCAUGGUUGGUACUUUUAAAAUAUUGUAACUUAUAAUUAAUCGUUGCCUUUCACGCUCUUAACUGAUUAAGAUAUUUUGUUUGUUUAUCUGUAGAAAGUUAUAAUGGCAGCGAAGCAAGGAAGAGAAAUGCAAAAGCAUAUAGAUCACAUAUAUAGAAUAAAAUUAUAGGAAGGUAUGUACUCUUCA